GAAGUAAGGAAGAUGUGUGUUUUGUAGCAACUUUACCUAGUCGGUUACAACUUUUUACCUCAGUAUUUAAUAGGUGCGUUACAUAUUUUGCCGAUGUCUCCUGUGUGGCUCUUAUCCUGAACGACUGAAGCGGAAUAAUUUCUUACAUUAUAACUUAUUCAUUCAAAGUGUAACAUCCACGUCGAAGAAGAGGAUUCCUCUACACUGACCAGUAGGUAACUUACAGAAUGACUUCCAAAGGUUUGAAGAGGAAGUUCCCGGUAGAACCAGAGGAAAUAGGCCCAGCUUGGGAGCACCAGCGGCAAUCUGUGCUCGACAUUUCCAUUGAGAAGUUCCAGAGGGACCUCACUAUGGUGGAACCCAGCCUGCGCCGCUCCGUGCUGAUCGCCAACACCCUGCGUCAGAUUCAGCUAGAGGAGCCGAUGCCGAGUCCGAAUGACACGGUGGUACCUCCCGUCGAACCGGUCAAGACCCGACCAGCUCCUGUCCAGCAAAGCAACUUCAGCCACCAGGGACCCGUCCAGUCCCUUCCCGCGGUAGCCUACUGCCCAACGUUGACUGAAAACCACGGAGAUGAGUGGAUGUCCACGUCUGCUGAGGAAGAAUUCUCCCUGUCCACGGCCAUCUCCUCUAUCCUGAAGGAGCUGGAUGGAGAUGGUUGCCAAGACAGCAGCCAGCCUUCUCUGUCUCCUCCACAGAGGAUGCCCCUGGGGUCCAUUGAAAAUCUCCCUGGAAGUUUGGACGCAGGACCCAGACACAGGCCUGGGUGGACAGGACAGAGAGGAGAGGAGUGUGGCAGACGUGUUGAAGGAAGUCCCCUGGGUAGUAUGGCUGUCACACGCCCAACAUAUCUACAUGAUGUUACUCUAGACAGCCUCUUCGUGGAUGUGGAUAUGUCUGUGUUUGACAGAGAGGUGAGUUCGCUCGGGGCGCGAGCCUUCACCACAAUCGCCAACGAGGAGCUGGUGAAAUACCUGCCUUCACUCUCCGGGUCCCACUCCCCUACGCUCUCCAAUCAGGGCGUGAAAGACUUACACGAACUUGAGCACAUCAUGGAGAUACUAGUCGAGUCCUGAGAAAUGUUGUGCUAUAGAGAAGAAGAAGAAAAACGUACACACAAGUGGGGGGAAAUGUGUCCGGUAUUAUAGAGCCAUAGAUCAACACCUCAAUGACCAUAUCUGUACUUUUAUUUCUCUGUACAGUACACAAAGGGAACACUAAGGAACUAAUGCACUAUGGUUGAGUGCAGAGCAAAUGAAAUACUGCUGUGUUCUGUGAAUGUCUGGCUAGAUUUCUACUCAGAUGUUAGAAGUAUAUAAUGACAAUUUAUGAAACCUUACUGUAUAAAAAUAUUUUUGAAGGGUUACAACAAACUAUGAUUUUUUUUUUUUUUCUAUAAACUCAUUAUGAACUGAAAAGUUCGGAAAUAACACCUGGAGUCGUGGAGUCGGUUUUCCGUACAUGGAUUAAGCCUAGAUGUAGAUUAACUGAAAUCUUCCAUGAAAUUUUCCAUUGGGGAGGAAAAAAAUGUUUAGUCUAGGACUUGGCUUGAUCCAUGUUGAGAAACUGUCUGCCGGCAUUUAGUUGGCAGUGUUAGGACAAAUGGCUCAUAAAGGAAGAGGUCAUUUGUAUACACUGAGGAGCGUAAAACACAAGUGUGUGUGCUGUGCAGCUUCAGCAUCUCAGUGGUGGUGCUGUGUACAGAGGAAUGAGAAAUGCGUAGCUUUAGUCAAACUUUAAUAGUCAAAAUGGAUUUGUCAGCAUCAGCGAACUCUAACAAAAGUUUUAUUUCAGUCUACUUGAAUGACACUGGUGUGUAUGAAUACAACUGUAAGACAGCAGAGUUACUAACAUGGGGAAAUACAAUGCAAUUUAGAGCUUCCCAGUUUUAAAUGCCAAGUUUGAAAAAGAAGAUGGAGCUUAAAAUUGACAUUUUUGUUUUUCUAUUUUAGAAAUGUGAAAUAACAUAGCCAAUCCUUUGAUCACCUUCAGUGAAAGUUGUGCUGUGAAUUUUCCACCACUAGUCUUGUGUUAACCCUACCUCAAACAAAAUGGUGCCGUCAGAGUACUCCUUCUGGUCAUCCUAUUUCUGAUGUUUUUUUUUUUUUCUUUUUUUUGUUUACAAAACUUUGGUCACAACUGAAAGAACUCUUAAAACCUCUUUUGAAGGUGGUAGAGGGUAGGAAUCUAGGUUGUAUGGGUCAAAGUAAUGAUUUUGAAUAACAGAAUCUUUGAAAUCUUUAUAUUAUUGUGUUCCUAUGUGUCAACUUAAAUGUUUGGUAUUCGAAUCUUGUGGUGGAGAGAUUGAAUACAAUAUUCACUUGUUGUAGUAAGGGCCCUGUAUACAUAGUCUCUUUUACCUGUUAGCAUUUGAGCUGGAAAUAUUAGAGUUCUUCACAUUAGGCAAAAAGUCUUUUUUUUUUUUUUGCUUAUGUGUUGAAGCAUUCUUUCAUUCUAAAGAGUCAUCUAUUUGAUUUUACUAUUUAAAGUGAAUUUUGCCUUAUCCAUAUAUUUUGAUAUUUUUUGUGUUUUACGUUAUUGUAUUUGUUAGUUUGAUACUUACUUAUUCCGUGUUGGCCUAUUAAUAAUGUACCUGUUUAUUUUUGAGUUUGGCUGUGAGGAUUUGCAAAUGCACUUUGCUCUGUGAUGUGACAAGAUUGGGGCUAUUUUAGAUUUUAAAAAAAGAAAGAAGAAAAAGAAAGCCAUUUUGUCCUUUAAAAUGGUUAUGAAUUGAUGGUUAAUUGAAUUGGGCUAUAAUUACUUUAAUAUGUACUUGAAUUUAUAGUCUAAUUACUGAAAACUGUCACAGAAAGGAAAUGAGACUAUUUAUUUUUUUAUACUACGAAGUUAACUUGGUUUACUGCGCAAGUAAAUUGUAAACUGUAAUCUGAUGUCGAGUCGCAUCUGUAAUACACGAUCACACUGCCGCUCAAAGAAGUAAACCAAUGUGAAUAUCCAGAGCUUGAGUGUAUAGCCCAGAAGUUACACUGUGUUUCUUUGUUGCUUACAGAUGGGCACUUCUAUGCUCGCAGCUGCCUUUGAGGGCUUAUACAAGCCAUCUUACUGAAUUAUGUCUAUGCAAUCAGUAGUGUUCUGUUUGUACCAUGUUCAUAAUAAAGUUUAUAAUGGACCAUAUACCGAGGAUUGUGCACAUUUUCUUUGUUAGGUGUGUCCGUGUGUUUCCAUGACCGUAACUUGUAUACCGUGUGGACUGAUAAUUUAGUCUCAAACAAAAUAUUAUGAGAAUACUUGAUGCAUGUCAUACAGAUUAAAGAGUAUACCAGAGCACUAUUAUGAGAGUACCAGAUGGACGUCAUACAGAUUAAAGAGUGUACCAGUAACAUGAG